AAGCCAAUGAGGGUCCAAUGUCCAAUUGAUAACAAAUAUGCCGCAAUUUCAAAUGAGUUUGGGGCUAGUCAAGCAGCUCCAUUCGAAAACAAGCAGCGAGCGAGUGCGGACGGUUGAUACACGGCCAAAUAAAAACAAAAAUGUCUCUCUUGUAUAAAAUUGCCGGCAGUUCGGUGCGCCAAUUGGGCAGACGUAAUUAUGCCGCUGUUUCGCACAUUUCUGCAACCGGGCCAUCUUUUGGUCUUACUGAAGAGCAAAAACAAAUGCAGGACAUGGCCCGCAAGUUCGCCCGUGAGGAAAUUAUUCCCGUUGCAGCUAAAUACGACAAAUCCGGGGAAUACCCCUGGGAUAUUGUCAAAAAGGCAUGGUCAUUGGGCCUCAUGAACAAUCAUAUCCCCCAAGAAUUUGGUGGCCUGGGUCUGGAUAACUUCACAACUUGUUUGAUCGCUGAAGAGUUGGCAUACGGUUGCACUGGUAUCAUGACCGCUUUGGAAGCUAGUUCCUUGGGCCAAACCCCAAUUAUUCUCGCCGCCAACACAGAACAAAAGAAGAAAUACUUAGGUCGUCUAAUUGAGGAGCCUCUGGUUGCCGCUUACUGUGUCACAGAGCCCGGUGCUGGUUCGGAUGUCGCCGGUAUUAAGACUCGCGCCGAAAAGAAGGGUGACGAAUACGUUAUUAAUGGACAAAAAAUGUGGAUCACAAAUGGUGGAGUUGCCAACUGGUAUUUCGUUUUGGCCCGCACAAAUCCCGACCCCAAAUGCCCAGCUAGCAAGGCUUUUACCGGUUUCAUUGUUGAGCGCGAUACUCCCGGCCUAACCCCCGGUCGCAAAGAAAUGAAUAUGGGUCAACGUGCAUCUGACACUCGUGGUAUUACAUUCGAAGAUGUCCGCGUACCAAAAGAAAACGUACUCAUUGGCGAAGGAGCUGGUUUCAAAAUUGCAAUGGGCACCUUCGAUAAAACUCGUGCUCCUGUGGCUGCAGGCGCUGUUGGCUUAGCACAACGUUGCCUGGACGAGGCACUCAAGUACUCAUUGGAACGUAAAACAUUUGGUGUUCCCAUCGCCUACCAUCAAGCUGUGCAAUUCAUGCUCGCCGACAUGGCUAUUGGUGUAGAAACCGGUCGUCUUGCAUAUCGUAUGGCUGCAUGGGAAGUCGACCAGGGUCGCCGUAACAGUUACUAUGCUUCAAUCGCCAAAUGUCAUGCUGCCGAUAUGGCCAAUAAAAUUGCUUCCGAUGCCGUCCAAAUCUUUGGUGGAAAUGGUUUCAACACUGAAUAUCCUGUAGAAAAAUUGAUGCGUGAUGCCAAGAUCUAUCAAAUCUAUGAAGGGACAUCCCAAAUUCAGCGUCUUAUCAUUUCAAGAAACAUGUUUGAGGCAGCCAAACAGUCAUCCCAAUGAGACUAAACUUGUCAGGUUCAAAUCUAGUUAUUAACAUGUAUUGUAAGAAGUACCAUCUGUGGCUUUUACUUUUUUUAUUAUACAGUGUAUAAAUAAGUUGUUAAAAUCGAUUAAUAUAAAAUUUUAUAAUAUUAUUAAAA